UUGUGCUCUUUGUGCUUCUUCUGCCCUUGCCUUCUAUAUGUUUCUAACUUUUAUUUUCUCUCCUUUUUCUCAAUGCUCUUCAUCAGGACUCACUUUUAUCGCACACAAAAGAGAGUGGAAACGAGAUGUUGUUUCUCCUUAUUUUCACAAUUAACCAACUAAUUAUUGACCCAAUCAAUUCUAAUUCAACUAAUAAGUAAAUCUUUAUUUUUUAACAAAUUGUGAUUUCGUCGGUUUUUCAAGUGGAGUCAUCAUCUCUUAAAUCAAUUACUUAAUUAUUGUUCAUCUUUGACCAUUCUCAUUGUCUAAAUGUGUAUACAGUGUGUGUGUGUUUGUUAGUUUCUCUCUCUUCUUCUCUCUCUCUCUAUUUUACUUUCUUUUUCUUCCCUCUGUUUCUAAUUCUCUGUCUUUUUUGCUCAUUGCUUUUUUCAUUCACUUUUUUCUUUCACUUUUUUCUCUCCCUCGCUUCAUAUUUUUCUUGUGUCUCUGUGUUUUUGGUCGCUGUACCUUUUGUUUUUUACCCACACCAGUGAUUUUUGGAAGAAACACAAGCCUUCAUCAGGCUUAAUAAUUUCUCUAGUUCGUGAAACCAUCAAUUCAAAGUGUGUCUUCUAGGUUGAUUGAAGGUAAUUCAUUCUUCUAAUUAACCUGGACCCACACCAUGAUCACCAGCAAUAACAGUGAUGGCUCCCAUGGAGCAAGUGAAAAUUGUUUCGAAUCGUGCAACAUUGAUGCAGGCUGGUCCGAUAAAACUGGUCUCAAAUCGAAGAAAUUCAGUCAAACUGAGCUUGAAGCAUUUAGGAAGCCAUUUAAGCUUGGAUGGAAAAGGGAAAUCGUACUUAGAUCUACCCAUACCAAUUCUGGUAAAAGAAUUGUAGACAUAUAUUAUUUUUCUCCUGAGAAAAAUGUGAAACUUCGAUCAUAUGUGGAAAUUGGAUUAUACCUUAACCGCCAUCCUGAGUGUGACCUCGAACCUGAAAAUUUUACUUUUGCUCGUCAACCUAUUUUUCGUGCGCCAUUUGAGAUUGUUAGGCAAGCAAAUCCAAGAACUCGAAAUGAAAACUCUGAAGUGACUACUCCUAAUCAUCACCAACGCUCUCGGACAAGAUCAGAGAGAAUGGAUAAAAGUGAAAGAACUGACAAAUUAGAAAAAAUAGAGAAAUCGACUGAAAAAUCUGAAAAGGAUCCAUCCAAAGAUCCAGAUGACGACAACGAUAUUAUUGUUGAUAGUUUUAAUGAAAGUAUUCCUGACGAGAUUCUUCAAAAUAUACCUUCUAUGAUACCUGCAAUGGAAGGUGAAGAUGAUUACCUGGGGAUUGUUUCACAUGAAGAGAUUACAAGGGGAACACAUGAAAUACCUAGAAAAAGACUGAGAACAGUUGAGACUGCUUCACCACAUAGAUCUGAUCAAACUAACAAUGUUGACUCAAAUAAUCAUAAAGAGUCAGUGAAAACUACCGGCGUGAAUGGUGAUCUUUCAAAUGAUAUAUAUAAUCAUUCGUCUUCUACAACUCAACCUAACGAUGAUAACGGGUUUGAUUCACCAACCAAUUCUAAGAAAAAAACUAAGUCGAAGUACGAGAGGCCAUCCAAACCUGAUUCUACUCCAAAAGCAGUUAAAUUAGAUUUCAACGAAUCUGACACAGGUAAAAUUAUGAAUGGAGUGUCAUCUGAAGGAAUUAAUCACAAUGACUUUGAUACACCUCGUAGUCGAGUAGAGCCUGAUGGUAAAUAUUCACAAUCCAAGAAGAAAAACAAGUCAAAAUCAUCUGUCAAGCUGGAUAAAUUAAAAUCCGACAAAAAAGUAAUUUUAACCAAAUCUUUGCCAAAAAAGGAGACUGAUAUCACUGAGAAUUAUGAAAAUUAUGCCGAUGACUUUUUACAUUGUUCUUUCUCAGUGACACCACUAGCAUCACCUGACAAUACAAGAUACGUUGCACCUUCUAAAAUUUAUCGAACCGAAAGUUGCGAGAACAGAACCACAACUAACUCAUUAAAGUCCAGAUCUAAACAAUCCGAUAAGCAUGCUAAAAUUGAAAAACGCGCAAAGAAGGAUAAAAAUGAUUCGGAAAAAGAUAUAGUUGACUGCAUAAUAGACAGUAUUCCUGAAGAGAUUCUCAAUAAUCUGCCUCCAAUGCUUCACCCUACUCCUUGUUCUAUCAUGUGUUUUGGUAAAAAGGGAAUUAUUCCUACUUUACUAUGUGACCGAUGUUUAUGUCUAUAUCAUCCUGAAUGUGUACCUGCCGGAAUUUUUUUGGAUAAUUCUCACAGUUUUAUAUGUCCAAAUUGUAUUCAUCCCAAUGACGCUGGGGAAACUGUCGGUUUUUUGAAUGGAAGACUGGGAGACACUGAGGCUCUCGCAAUUGGUUAUCAUGAUCAAUCAGUUCUAUUCAAGAGAAGACGGAAAGCAUCGAUUGAAAAUCGCAUUCUAGGAAAUCCAAUUGCACCGAUUGCACCAAUCAUAUAUACCGCCAGCCAAAUUGCUGAAUUUUUAAAUACAAGGAUCAACAAAUGCCGUAAAAAUCUUAGCAGAAUCAAACCUGAAUUCAACUUAUUAUCGAGCGGCUACGAGUGCUUAAACCAAAUCUUUCAACACUUAAGUACACGAGAUUUGAUCAAGGUCAAGUUAACCAGUCGCACUUUCAAUCGUUUAGCGUCACAGCCAAUGUUAUGGCAAGAGAUUACGAUGAAAGAUAUGGUAAUAAAAGACUGGCAAUAUUUUGGUAGGAACAUAGUUGAACCCAUGGCUACCCUGAGUAUCAAUUUCGAUGGUAUUAAAUGUCCUGUGGGUAGUGAUCUUAGUGAAAUGUGGAGUAAUUUUGCCACAAUCACGGAUUAUUUGAAGUCAAUCAAGCAUAUACAAUUCGGGACGGUCCCAACAUCUGUAAUUGAGGAAAUAAUUAAUGCAGCGGUCACAGAAAACUGUUACAACUCAUUUAGCAACCUGGAAACCCUCUCCGUUAGACAUCUUUUUGAAGACGAUUCAGCAUUUCAAAGCUGUAAUUUGUCCAUAUUAGAAAACAUCGCUUAUUUAUCUUCACUUCAGCAUCUCCGGGUCGAUUGUAAAUAUGGUCUUAUUGUUAAUCCCGAGGAUUCUGAUCUACUCGAUCGAAUAUUCGCACCUAUGACCAAUCUCAAAUCACUCUCAAUGACUACCUUAAAAGGAUUCACUGUAGAUCAAUUUAGCUUCUUAAGUCAUCUUCAAACUUUAAGUAGUCUUGAAAUUGGUAGCUGCUUGAAUUGGGCCAAUCAUGACGUUAAAUCAUAUUCUUCAUUAUCAUCAUCACCUCCAUCACCACCAUCACCAUCAUAUUCACAAGAAAAGUUAGAUCAUUAUGAGACAAUUGAACAAUUUGAAGACGAAGCUAUCGUAACAGAUGCCAACCUUAAUUGCAUUGUUUCGGAGACGUUAAAUGAUGUUUCAGCUGAUGUUGAGGUUGAAAUUGAGGGUGAAGUGGACUGUGAGAUUGAAUUAGAAAGUGCAGAAAAUGAGACUAAAGAAAUCAAUAAUCAGAAUAAUCAGAAUAAAUUAAAAGGUGUUUAUAGACAUCUUAGUAAAUUAACUUCACUCAAACACCUUAAAUUAGUUGAUUUAACAAUUAAUGAUACUUGUAACUCAAUGCCUCUGUCUCUCCAAGGGAUGACCAAGCUGAGAAGUUUACAUUUAGAAAAUCUAAUCGUUUUACCGGAUGCCAGUCAAACAUUAAUUCUUUUAGCAACGACUGUGAACAGUUUUUUGAAAAAUCUAAAAGAAUUGAUCAUCUCAUCGAAUGACCCUUACACCAAUAAAUGUGUUCUCAGUGCACUGAAAAAGAUUGAUAAACUUGAAAGCAUAACUUGGAAGGUUCAAGUGAACGUAGAAGAUAAUGGUCAGUGCUGGGUACCGAUACUUAAAGAAAAUGGUGAAGAAAGUGAAUUAGAAGAGGAUAAUUUUGACCUGGCCGGUGAAGAAGAUAGACUGGAAAUGAUGGAUCUGGAUCAACUCAGCCAAAUUAUUGAGAGACAUACUCUCGGCGCCACAGUUAACAUUAUCCCUCAGUGAUAAUAUCUCGUCAUAACAGCAAAAACCACUUUCUCUUUUCUCUCAACAUAACACCCUAACCCAUUUCUUCCUUCCUCUUUUUUGCUCGCAUACUUGCUCACUCAUCCCAUUUCCUAUCGUCCUAAAAUUUUGCUCCCACUAAACUCACCUUUACCUCUCUUUUUUUCAAGCUGUUUCUUUCUUUUAGAAGUGCGCCAAAAUAGAUAAUGGCCAUAUUCUAACUUAGUUUCAUCAACUAAAAAACGAAACAAGAAAAAGCAAGACAAACUACAUUAUCACCUCUAAUCACACUUUACCUUGUCUAAUGAAUUUUCAUUUUGUAAAAUUCCUUGACUUGCCAUCCUGUCUUUCUCGUUUUGUGGUCUUAUUCUGUUCCUUGUUUUCAUCUUUGUCUUUUUUUCUCUCAUCUUUUCACCUUCACGACUGACCAUUAAUCGCAUUAACUCUCUCUCUUUAUUUCUUUCUUCCUUUCCACUCCCCCUUCUCUCUUGAAAUUACAAUUAAAACCUCAUUUUUGAUGGCGAAUCAAUUUUUUUUAUUUCUUUCAUUGUACAUGCGUAAUUAUUGUUGAUUGUCUCUACUUCAAUCUAUAUUAAACCUCUACAUUU